AUGAGAACGAUACAUAUAGCAAUUCUCCUCACCGUAAUAUGCGCGCUCGUGACGCCUCCAGCGCUUGCAGCUGACCUAGUCAGCUCGGUGAUAUUCAAGCUGGACUCGAACAACAAGAAGGAGGUCAUCUCCAGCGGCAAGGCCAACCUGCGCGUCUACAAAAACGAGGACGGCACGUACACGCAGACGAUGUCGAUCGAUCUCAACGAGGUGUUCACCAAGGGCGCUGCGCCCUACUACCGCCUCUUCCGCGGCAAGCCGGGCACGGCCGGCUCGCUGGCGUUCAGCGGGUACCAGACGGUGGGGUGGCAGCGCAGCAAGUCGCCGUACAACCCGCUGAAGCCGUUCAUGAAGGGCCGGCACUCGCUGCAGCACACGGCAUCGUACGACAGCAUCACCGAGGCGCAGUACGACGCGUACGUGAAGCCGUACAUGGAGCAGCCGUCCGGCUACUACCUCGUCAUCUACUACCCCGGCCUGCGCCCCGCCAUGCAAGGCCGCGGAAGCGUUGGUUGA